AGGAUUCCUCGGACUUCACAGCCACAUCAUCAGCAUUUUCAGCUGGAUUUUAACCUUUCCCUCUGCAGACGGCCAUGGAAUCGACUGUCGAUGACGAUGCAAUGGAAGCGUGAAUGAGGUUUGGCGUGGCUGUAGCUGAACGAUGCCCAAGGGUGGGGGUUCUAAAACCCCCCAGCUGGAGGACUUCCCACUCAACACCGAUAUGGUGGAGAAACAGGGUGGGAAGAAGGAUAAAGACAAAGGCUCGUCAAACAAAACUCCUAAAUUGGACCGCAGCGAUGGCGUCAAAGAGAUGAAAGAGAAAGCUCCCAAGAGGAAGCUGCCCUUCACCGUCGGAGCCAAUGGAGAUCAGAAAGAUUCUGACUCGGAAAAACAAGGUCCAGAGCGGAAGCGCAUUAAAAAGGAGCCCACUAACACCAGGAAGUCAGGCUUGCCGUUCGGAAUGGGCAUGCCAGGGAUCCGGGCCGGGUACCCCCUCUCCGAGCGGCAGCAGGUGGCUCUUCUCAUGCAGAUGACGGCGGAGGAGUCCAUACACAGUCCAGACACAACACCAAAGCACCAGUCACAGUCAAGUCUGGGUCAGAAGGGAACACCAAACUCUGCAUCAAAAACCAAAGACAAAGUGAACAAGCGGAAUGAGAGGGGCGAGACACGGCUGCACCGGGCGGCUAUACGUGGGGAGGCACGUCGUGUAAAGGAGCUCAUCAUCGAGGGGGCUGAUGUGAAUGUAAAAGAUUUUGCAGGCUGGACUGCACUGCAUGAGGCUUGCAACAGAGGGUAUUACGAUGUGGCCAAGCAGCUGUUGGCAGCAGGGGCCGAGGUUAACACAAAGGGCCUGGAUGACGACACGCCUCUACAUGAUGCGUCUAACAAUGGCCACCUCAAAGUAGUGAAGCUGCUGUUACGUUAUGGAGGUGAUCCUUGUCAAAGCAACAGAAGAGGGGAGACACCAUUAAAAGUGGCAAAUUCCCAAACAAUGCUUAAUCUGUUGCUGGGAAAAGGCACUUACACCUCCAGUGAAGAGAGUUCUUCAGAUUCAUCAGAGGAGGGAGAUGCCCCAUCAUUUGCCCCAUCCAGCUCUGUUGAUGGCAAUAAUACAGACUCUGAGUUUGAGAAGGGCUUAAAACUAAAAGGGAAGGGCAUGGACCCACCCAAAUCCACCACUACUCCUGUCAAGGAUGAAUAUGAAUUUGACGAGGAUGACGAAGAGGAGCGCGUCCCACCUGUGGAUGACAAGCAUCUGCUCAAGAAGGAGUUCCGUAAGGAUCCUGUCACCAAGACCAACAACUUAAUCGCCAUACCCAAGAUGGAGGUUAAAACCUAUUCCAAAAGCAACUCGCUAACACCAAAGAAGGCUGUGCGUCGGAUCCUGUCGGACAGCAACAGCUCGGACGAGGACGACAGGACAUUGUGUUUCACACCCACGGCCACACCAAGGCAACCUGCACCUCAGACCAACGUCAAGAGUCGGGACUCAACAACACAGAGCUCCAAGCAGCAAAAAGAAAAAACGAAAGUCAAGAAGAAGAGGAAGAAGGAGACAAAAAAUAAUGUCAAUAAGGAGGUGCGCUUUGGUAAAGUGAACGACAAGUUCUGCACCUCGGACUCCGAGAUCGGGGACCUGGAGAGCGAGGACGAUAAAGGCUCUAUGCAGAGCUCAAACUGUGUAAAAGACACUUCUACUUUGAGCCUCAAAGAACCCUUUGUUUUUAGCUCGCUUUCUGCAUCAUCUUCAUCCUCCUCGCAUGGGAGUCUGAGUUCGCAGAAACACACACAGUCUCUGGCAGAGCAGCACCCAAAGCAGUGGAGGACAGAUGGGUGGAAAACUGUGUCCUCCCCAACAUGGUCUGAUGUCAGCUCACUCUCUGACUCUGUCAGAACUAGACUAUCCAGCGAGUCUGACUACUCGUCUGCUGACUCAAGCGUUGAGUCUGUGAAACAGGUGAAAAAGAAAGUGCAAGAUAACCGAAAGAAAAACAACACACAUGUCAAUACAAUAGACAAAAAGAACUCAGAGUUUUACAAGAACUCAAGCAUGGAUGGUGCCAUUUCCAAAACCGAUAAAGACGGAAAGGUGUUGAAAAAACACAAAGUGAAACACAAACACAAAAGUAAGGAAAAAGAUAAGGCUCCAAGUGUGGUGUUGAGUCAAGACAUGAAUGAAAAAUUUGUCAAGAGCUUUUCUUUUGACUUCAACGACCCAAGGCAGAAGUCGCUCAUUGUUGAGACAGAGUCACCUUCUGAAAAUAGGGUCAAACUAUCCAAACAUGACAAAGAUCAUUUUAAGAAGGAAGACAGACUGUCUAAGGGUAAAUCUGAAGACAAGGACUGGCCAAGUAAAGAAACUCAAAGGAUCACCAAGGAAGAGAAGUCAAAGAAAACAAAGGAGACCAACAAGGACAAAGUGAGCAAAGAAGAGAGGGACAAAGCCUUGAAAACUGAGAAGGAGAGAACCAUCAAAGACAAGGUUAAGGAGGAGAAACAGAAAGCCCAUAAGGAUGAUAAAAAGAAAAAGUCUAAGGAUAAAUCUGGUAAAAUAGAUAAAAAGAAUGAGCAAAAAGAAGACAAACAUUUUAAAUCUGAAAAAACUACUAAAGAAGAAAAGGAAAAGUCAAAAAGGGAUAAAACCAUUAAGGAAGAGCCUGAUUAUGAGGAUUAUGAUUUAAAAAAUCAUUUAUUAGAGGACUCAAAGAUGAGUGCAUCAGAUGAUCCCCAUGAUCUGUGGCAAUCCGACAUGUCCUCUGACAGUUCACUUUAUGGGGAUGAUAGCUGGGACGUCCCUGUGAAAGAAUACAAAACCAAUAAUGCUGUCAAGUUAAUUGUUGAGACAGUAAAGGAGGAAAGCAGGGACCGGAAAAAGGAGAAUAAAGUCAAAGAUAAAAAGCCAGAUCAUGGGGAAAAGCGUCCUGAAAAGGAAACUGCAACAAAGAAAAAAGACAAGGAGUUCUCUGACAAGAAUACUGACAAGAAAAAAGACUGGACGGACAAACAAAAGUUAAAUUCUGGUCAGUCUUUGGAAAAGGAGAAGAAACGAAAAGAUUCGGCAGAGGGUGUCAAAGAGAAGAAAGAGAAGGAUGCUGUGGACAGCUGCAGAGACAGAAAAGAUUCCUACGAGUUCACUAAAGAGAGGAAAGACUCCAAAACAAAACAAGAAUCCUUGAGAGAUGACUAUGGGAGUGAGGCAUUCUUUAAAGACAAACCAGAGAGUGAAACCAUCUGCAAAUCUGAUCCAAGGGAGAGGAACCACUCAGGAAAAGACAGGGAGAAGAAAAUAGAUGGUGUGGAAAAGAAAGAGAAGUCAAAAGGUGAAAAACACAAGGACAAGCCUAAGGACAGAAAUUUGGACCAGGAAAAAGAGAAACCUGAGAAGAACUCAAUCGAGAGAUCAAUGAAAGAGAAAGAUCUAGAAAGAGCAUCCAAAGACAGGAGGGAUGGGGCUAAAGAAAAGCAUAAAGAUUCGAAUAGCAAGGACAAAGAAAGGAAGAUGUCAUCUGAGCAGAAUAAAGAUAAGAAAGAAAAGAAUAACCAGGACAAACAUGCCGACAGGGAAAAAGAUUUCCUGGAAUUUAAGAAAGAGGAGAGAAAACCUGAAAAGGUGAGAGAGAAGACAUGGUAUACAAUUGCUGAUAUUUUCACAGAUGAGAGUGAAGAUGAAGAUGACAAUUAUAAUGGAGGUGUAGCUAAAUUAAGUGACUCUCUCGGACUGUCAGACUCACACAAAAAAGAUUCCACACCUGACCGGGAUGAAAUGGAUCAUUUUCAAACAGAUAAACACAAGAAAUACACUGUAGAUGGGAAAGCACAUUCCACAGAAAAACAAAAAGAAAAGGAGCAUAAAGUUAAGAAAAAAGAGAAGGCAUUUGAUGCAGGAAAGGAAAGAAAAGCCUCCAUUGAAAAACACAAAGAUAAAAAAGACUCAACUGACACAAAACACAAGGAACGUAAGGACAGAGCAUCUGUGGAUUCAAAUCAGGACAAGAAAAGCAAACAGAAACUUCUUGACAAGAGAGAUGUCAGUGAGGAAAAGAGCAAAAGCAAAUACAAAGACAAGCCAGAUCAUUUAAAAGACAGAAAACCCUCAAAAGGGAGUGGUGAAAAUGAGAAAUCCUUGUUAGAAAAACUUGAGGAAGAGGCCAUGAAUGAUUAUAAAGAUGAUUCUAAUGACAGAAACAGUGACAUUUCAUCAGAUAGUUUCACAGAUAGAGUUCAUGAGCCUGUCCUAAGCAGCUUCUACGACUCCUCCAACAUCAGCAUACCUGACAUGUCCGAGGAGAGAAGGGAGUCAUUAUCCAUCACUAAUCCACAGGAAAAGUUCAGAGAGAAAGAGAGGCACAGACAUUCGUCGUCGUCAUCAUCCAAAAAGAGUCAUGACAAGGAUAAGGAGAAAGUAAAGAAAGAAAAGGGGGACAAAAAGGACAAGUCCGAGGAGAUCAGAGAAUCUUAUGGCCGCAGAGAAAGCUUGCCCUUUGACAAAGAACCCAUGCCAUUGGAGGCUGACCCUUACACUUUUCCAUAUGGUUCCAAAGUGGAUGGAGAGGAUGACUUGGAAAAGACUCUGGAGUUUGAGAAGGAGAUGUCCAAAAAGGACAAGAUAAACAGUCUCACGAACAGUGAGAAAAUAAAAGAUAAAAAAAAGAAAGAGAAACACAAGGAAAAGGUGAAAGAGGAAAAGCAUAAAUAUUCAGAUGGCUUUGGGUCCUUCAGACACUCCAAAGAAGAACAAAAAUAUUGUUUGAAAGAGAACACUCAAGUCACAAGUCUUAAAGAGAAAUCUAAAGAAGACUCUAAAUUUGAUGGGAAAAACAAGGAGAGAAAUAAGGACAUCAUAGACAAAGACUUUAACAAGGCAAAGGUGAAAGAUGAGAAUGACAAGUUUAGUCAGUCAAAAGAUGCCACUCGAAAGGACAACCGCCCUCGUGAAAAACUUUUGGUUGACGGCGAUCUCAGACUAACAAGUUUUGGCAAAAUGCUUAGUUUAAAAGAUCAGGAAAUUGAGGAGCGCCAUAAAAGACACAAAGAGAGGAUGAAACAGAUGGAGAAACUGAGGCAUCGGUCAGGUGACCCAAAACUCAAAGAUAAGACCAAGACAAAUGAAGAGUUGAAGAAGAACCGCAAUGAACUCUCAUCCAAAAAAUGUGGUUCAGUAGAAACCGCUUUGAAAGAGAAAAAGUUAAAAGAUAUUGGCAUUCCAGCCCAAAUGAUGUCUCCUGAUAGAAAGUCACAGUCUAUUGACAGUCAGAAUUCAAAGGACUGGCUUGCGGGUCACCAAAUAAAAGAAAGUCUUCCUGCAUCUCCACGUCCUGAUCAGAACAGACCAACAGGAGUCCCCACUCCAACAUCUGUGAUCUCAUGUCCAAGCUAUGAGGAAGUCAUGCAAACUCCACGCACUCCAUCGUGCAGUGCAGAGGACUAUUCUGAUAUCACGUUUGAUGGCCUUGAGUGUCAGAAUUCUUCAGCUACUACAAUAUCCAUGAAUGCCUGCUCCCCAACCUUCUUCGAUAGAUAUACCAACUUAUCACAUAGCUUCCAAGAGGGAACAUGUAUAACACCUGCAAAGAACAUGCAGUUACCCCUUGUUAGUCACUCUUCCACCUCUGAUGUAAGACCUCUUGAGGGUGAGUUCAAAGCAGAGACAGACAAGUUUCUACGACAGCAACACGUACCAGAAGGAACAACAUUUGAUUCUGCCUCACAUCUUACUGAGGACAAGAUUGCAGCUGACAGACUUAAUUGUCUUUCUCCAGCAAACUUUUCACCUCCUAUUGACAUGUCCCCCAGACCUGACCUAUCACAAUAUGAUAUGGUACCAGAGGAAGCUUCUGCUGUAAAUUUCAUCAGUGAUGGCAGUGAACACCAUUCAGGGAGUAUUUAUAACAACUAUCCCAUAAAGCCCUCAACUCCAGUCCAUAGACCUGAUCCCCAGGAGCCGUGUCUGGAUAUAGCUGCUCCCCCAACUCCAGCCCCAGCUGCUUUGCCUCCCAUGGAUAUUGAUGAUCUCUCAGAGCCACACCAGAGUGGGCCCGGUCUAAUGCCAUCUCAUCCAGUGAGUGUGAGUGACUACUUGCCUCCUGUUGUUGAAGAGCAAGAAGAAGAAGAAGAGGGGGAGGAGGAGGAGGAGGAGGAGGAGGAAGAUGCAGAUUUAGCUGAGGAUGCAGCAGAAGGUAACCAUGCUGCAAACGAGAUCAUUCAGUCUAGAGACGAUCCCCCCUAUUCUCUUGGGAUUGACGAGUCUGCCAAAAAGGCUUGGCUGGAAUGUCCAAAUAGAAGCGAUCCUGAUGUACUUCCCAUUACACCCACCUGUCCACAGGACAACUUCAUGGGAAACUCAUGUCAUCAUGAUCAGUCAAUGGGCUGGAAUUCAGAAGAGCUCAUGAAAUCACCUCAUGAAAGUUAUAGAGAGGUUGAGACCGCUGUCUCAAAGAUAAGUAGUCCCUAUUCACACUCCGAUUGUGAUCUGCAGCAUAUCCCAAAUGCAGUUCCUGUGACGCUUCCUCACUCUGUUUACUCCAGAGUAUAUUGUCCAUCAGAAAUCUCUGAGUCUCAUUUUGAGGUCCACAAAGAUACAGUGGAAGACAUUCCAUCACCAGCAAGACCUAUUACAGAGACAUUCGGGCCAGAAUCCCCCCGAUUGAAACUUGAAACUUUCUUCACUGAUUGCAAACCCAAUCUUGAGGAGCCUCAGAUGGACCUAGAGCCCCCCUGUAUGAUGCAAGACAAUAAACAAGAGUCUCCCAUCUAUGCUGCUGAGAGCAGCAUGUCUGUAGACCCACAAGUCAACCAUGAUCCUGUUGUUUCUUGGGCAGAUCCGUUUUCUGGUACAGCUGAUGAAUUGGAUGAUAUGGGUCCCUUCUCUAUACCAGACCUUCCGUUUCAAGAGAAGGAGAUGCAGGAGCCUGACAUAACCCCAGAGAUUGCAGAAAGCAAGCAUCAACCUUCUCAGACAAGGCCUCCAGUCAUGGAGUCAAGUGAGGAUGGUGAAAUGAUAGAUGUUGAUUUGCUAAGUUUGUGCAAAGCUCCUUGUUCUCCUACAAUGGUACCUCCUCCCGAAUCUGCUCAGGAUUUGGUAGCUUCCGCAUGCGAGGAGGGCUAUAGACCACAGUGUGAGUUGGAGCCUGAGCCUCGAAACAUCCUAGAUGUUCCUCCCAUCAAAGAAACAAUCCCAGAGGAGGGAGGGGCAUUUGAAAUGGAUGAGAACAAUGGUAACUUGUUUUCUGUUGAUAGUGAAAAGGACCAUGAAUACAGGCAACAAGAAACAUCCCCAGAUAUUUUGAUGCCGUCUGUUGUGCUACAAUCUCUGGAAUCAACAGCUGUCACAAAACCACAUCCCGUGGUACAAAAUCCAGUGGUAGCUUUGGGUCCCUCAUGCAGCCCUCAUCCUUCUGUUACAGUCCCAACUGUCUCAUUGACCACCACCACCACCCAAGUGUCAGAGACCCUUGAGACAACCGCCAAGUUGUUGGUGACUAUGCCUGUACCUGAGGUACCCAAGAAAAUCGAGGAGAUACCACAGAGGAUGACCAGGAAAAUGGCUCAAAUGCUAGCCAAUCAGAACAAGCAGAAUGCAGCAACUACUUCAAGUAUCACCUGUGCUGUAUCCUCUCUCAUCACCACAAGAGUCACCUUAGAGAAGGAGAAAGAGCCCAUCAGCUCCAACACAGCUCAAACUUCCACUCCGGCAGCACCUGCACUGAUCACCAAAACAAAAGGCAGGCCUGCUGAAGAUGAUGACAGCCAGUCCCAACAUCCACGCAAGAGGAAGUUUUCAAAAUCAGGCCAGCAACAUGUGCAGGUUCAACUUGUCAACACAGCGAUGAAGCAGACACGGGAAAUGAUCCAGCAGACCCUGGCAGUUAUUGUGAACGCCAUCAAAUUGGAUGAGAUCGAGCCGUACCACAGUGACCGUUCCAACCCCUAUUUUGAGUACCUUCAGAUACGCAAGAAAAUUGAGGAAAAGCGGAAGAUUUUGUGUUACAUUACACCUCAAGCUCCCCAGUGUUAUGCAGAGUAUGUGACAUACACAGGCUCCUACCUACUUGAUGGCAAGCCUAUGAGCAAGCUUCAUAUCCCUGUGAUUGCUCCACCCCCAUCUUUGUCAGAGCCCCUGAAGGAGCUUUUCAGACAGCAAGAGGCAGUGAGAGGGAAACUCAGACUUCAGCACAGCAUCGAGAGGGAGAAGCUGAUUGUAUCUUGCGAGCAAGAGGUGCUGCGUGUUCAUUGCAAAGCAGCGAGAACGAUUGCAAAUCAGGCUGUUCCUUUUAGUGCUUGCACGAUGCUGCUGGAUUCAGAAGUCUACAACAUGCCAUCAGAGAGCCAAGGGGAUGAGAACAAGUCUGUAAGAGAUCGCUUCAACGCUCGGCAGUUUAUCUCUUGGAUUCAAGAUGUGGAUGACAAGUACGACCGCAUGAAGACGUGUUUGCUAAUGCGGCAGCAGCAUGAGGCUGCUGCUCUUAAUGCAGUGCAGAGGAUGGAGUGGCAGCUCAAGGUACAGGAGCUGGACCCUGCUGGACACAAAUCCCUGUGUGUGAACGAGGUUCCCUCCUUCUACGUGCCAAUGGUCGACGUCAACGACGACUUUGUAUUGUUGCCUGCAUGACACCGACACACAUUGAGACUCUUAGAGUUUGGUCUAAUAUUAAUCAUCUUAUCAAAGAGACAUCAAACAGAAAGUUCGGUAAGGGCUAGCCAGUUUGAGGAGAUUUCUUUGAGGAGAGAAAAUAUAUAUAUUACAUAGAAAAAAGGUAAUUGACAUACAAUUCAUCCUUUUCUGCCUGAGGAGGGGACCGUCUUACGGGAGAAAAACACAACUUGCACUUUCAUCCUUCGAGUUUUUUGGUUUUGUUUGGGAUUCAAAAAGCAGCACUGCUUUGAACCUUAUCCCUCCUGUCUUGGGUGAUCACAGGGGAUCGAAUUUUUCGGUUUUUUUUCCCCCCCUAUACUAAAUUACAACAAACAAGGAGCCUAAGACAGAUUCCUCCACUUGUGCGCGCCAGAACCAAGGGACAGAUGGCACAAUGGUGGACCCAAAACUCUGAACACGGCCAGCACCUCGAUAUACAGGCACAAAAAAAGACCCAAUGGGAUGUGACAGGAGUGCUCACACGGCCUCUCUCUGGACCCGCGUCUACGGUGACUACAGCAGUGGAGAGAGGGCUUUCCUGCUGUACAGCACCCCGUGCAGCCCCAGAUCCAGGACAGGAAGCUGCAUUCAGAGGGCAGCAUAGCAGGGCUCAGUGCCAUAGCGGAGAGGAGAGACUGCGUCUAGUUUCAGGACAUCAGAGCUAGAGUGCCCUCAAAAGGAGGUACCGGUGUAUUUGGUCCCACAUGCUGGAUCAGUCAGCCUCGGAUGGUCCCUAAGCCGGGCCUGACAUGCCUGCCUUUAUACGACUGCGCAAGGAAAAAGACUAAUGAGCAAACGUUGCUGUUGCGAAUCACAAGGCAAUGACUUGCAGGAUUGUCUCUUAGACAAGGGAUUUUCUUUUGUAAUGGGUUUUUUUGUUGUUGUUUGUUUGUUUGUUUGUUUUGUCUUUCUUUACUCGGGCAUUUCAUUUUUCCCUUUCUGAGGAAGUGACUUGAAACACUACAGAGCCAACAUUAGUUUAAUGGAAAAAAAUACAAAACUUAAAAAAAAAAAAAAAACUUAUUCCGUAAAUGAUGUACAGUUUUUAUAAUCAUUAACCAAUGUAUUCUUGCUGCCUUCUAGAUAAUUUAUUUUGCCACACAUUACUGCACAGUUGUAAAUAACUUAUGUACUGUAACAUCACUCAGUUAAGUGUAAAAAAUAAAUGAAUAAAAGUUAUCAUUGUAUGUACAGUUCACUUUCGGGCAGCACUCCCAACCCCCAUCCCCAAACCCCUCAUUCUAUGGGCCAAAAAGGUGUACACAUUGUCAGUAUUUUCAAGACUUCCUAAUGGUUUCUGUCAAAGGCUAAUCAAGGUUAAUCUAGAUUGUCAUCUCCGCCAUCAUUAGAAAACACAGUUUCCCUCCUGAUGAUUCUGUCAGGGCCACAACCAUAGUCUUCAGAUGUAGCAGAGCGAUUAUGGAUUUAUUUAAAGAAUAGUAGAGGUAUAUUAUUCAUCAUUUUAUUACACACGUAUAUAUCUUUAAAAAAAAAGUAUAAACCAAGAAAAUGCCUUUAUACAGUUAACGUCUCUGAUUUUCUUCUAAAAAUGCACAAGUCAUACGAUAGGUUAGAACAUAAGACAAGAUUUGAUUUAGAGCCUUCUUCAUUUAGGUUUGUCCAAAUGUAAAACCAUCCCAUGAACCAGUGGAGUACAUAUUUGAAUUUGUUACACCUUGUACAAUCAAAUAACGGGACUUUUUCAUCUAGCUGCUCUUUGCUCAUGUUACAUUCAAUAUUAAUCCACAAAAUUGCUCCAAGUUGUUUUCUCUUCUGCACUAUACGACUGUUGAUUCAUAUAUAAUAUCUAGAAUGGGUUGGGAAAAUUAAAGUCGAAUAUGGGCGCUCAUUAGCUGUUUCCAUGGUUUCAAAAACCAUCUAUAGGCUCCAUUCCUGCUUUUCUGUUGAAGUUUUCAAUAUUUUUUAUAGAGUAAGAUUCAGAGCGAGCAUGAUGAUAAAUAUACAAACUGAAGAAAUUGCAUCAGUCAGAAGUAUUUUGUCUCAGUCCCAAUGCAAAUUCGUUUUUAUUGCAUGACAUUUAGAAGUGAUGUCCCGCACCCUUCCGUUGACGCACUGAUUUGGACGUUGAAAAUCAAUGACAGAACACGACACAGGCACCUCCGUUCUGGGACUCUCUAUUAGCAUACAUGGGCUCUCUGACUGUUUUUCCCAUUGUUAAACAUUCUUGUGAAUCGCUUUUCACAAGUUUUGCUGAGUGAAGUGCACCAGUCAGUUAUUUUCAGCUUUUAUUUCACCCUUUACCAUCCAAGUAAACAUUUAGAGUACAUUUUAGAUGUUUAUCCAUCAACACAAAGGGGACACGUGCAAGUAAGUUGUUUUUAGAAAUUGUUCUGUUUAAAAGAAAAGCGCUUUUAAUUUCAGAUUAUUCGAUAUUUCUGUUUUUUUAGGGGGAGAGGGGCUUGAAAAUGUGUUUUGAUAUUUUACCCCUCCCCAUUACCUGUCUGUACUUCAGUGUGGGGUGGUGUGAUGUUUGCUCAAUCAUCCAUGCUAGUGUUUAGUUUAUUUCUAUUUAUUUUUGUUGUUCAAUUUGUGUGGUUGUGAGUCUGUGAAAGUCCCACAUGAUGCAGUUAUGUAUGCGUGCAUUGAGUCUGGGUGCAACAGGUGUCAUUAGUGCAGCGGGUAAUUGUUUUGGAUGACUAAUGUCCUGGUAUUUUGUGAGUGCCGUACAGUGCAAAAAUAAAAGUCCACAGAUUCUACACAGUGCAUAAUAUGAAUAGCUUUCCAUUUAACUUGUGUUCAUUUCCAGUGUUUUUGUUUUUUCUUUUGUGUUGUGCAGUUCUAUCAAAACCCCUUGAUUUGGUAAAAGUGCAUUUGUUUGUUUUUAGGUGCAUCUCCCACAAAAACAAUAUAGUGGCUUGUAAAUCAUAUGGUUUAUAUGUAUCAACAUGAAGCCCUUGUAUACCAUUGUUUACAACAUACCAUGUGAAUUUUCUGUUUUCUGGUGAAAGCUGUUUGGAUUCCUAAAACUGGUCCCGUUUUUAAAGGCUUGCAAUUGUGAAAGUAUAACCCGAUCUCCUUUCUGGGCCUCACUAUUCGGGUCCUGACGGUCUUUUAAACUUGCAGUCAAAUUCUUACAGGCACUCCUUUAAAAAUACUGUAUUGGAGCUCUACUAUCCAUGAGUUUGGACAAUAGUAAUCUUACACCUAAGCUUGCCCGUGACUCACUGACCUCCAUCUGCAACUUAUUACCUCUUUUUGUCUUUAGCUAGAUUGAUUACAAAGUGUCAAGCCACAAUAUCAAGCCUUAUUUCAGUUAUCGCAUAUACAUUUUGCAAUAGAACUGAGCUCAUUUACUCAUGUAGAUCUCUUCACAAAUAGCGAGAAAUAACCUAUUUAUUAUCUUUAUGACACCUGUGGUAUUUUUUGAGUUUGAAGGUCUCCACUGUGUACAUUUUCCUCAUGUAAUGCGUAUUCGAGACGUUGUACAUAGCUGUAAAUAAUAUUCCAGGACGUUUUGCACCCUCCUCUUUGUACUAGUCUAAACUUGCGUAGAAUGUGAGGUUCUAACAGCAACGAGGCGUGUCGCGCUCGCUGCCGGUGAUGUAACAAUGUAUCUUUUUUUAUUUGUACAACGUAGUUCAAUUGUGUACAUAUUGUUGGAGCAGCUAUGGGAGGGAGAGGGGGUUUGUUGAUGCUAUUGUCAGUGCUGUCAAAGAUCCAGUACUUUCACCUUUAGCUGUGUUGAUAUCCUGCAAUUUAAAAACUGAGAAACUAAAAAUAAAAACUCUUUAACGGAGAGAAGAAAUUCAAAAUUGUUAUUUUCUACACUUGCAUGUACAGAGAGCGCGAGAACUGCUGUUGUUCCUCAGAGAUUAUGUUCGUAAAUAAAUUUUUGAAAUGA